AUGGAAAAAAAAAUGAUGAUAAUUUUACGUAUUAAAAUUUAUGCGUUUAUACUUUUAUCCUGGACAAACCAUUUUAAAAAUGACGUAAGUACAUUUAAGAUGUCUGAAGUUGAUAACUACAAGCUUGAAAAAAAAAUAAAUGCAAGCACAUAUAGGAUACUAGCAAAAUAUAAACAAGAUAAGGAUUCAUGUGCUGUAUAUUUACAUGAAUAUAUACCAAAAUAUCAAUCAAAAGAAAAAAGGUACGUAUCUAAUAAUGAAGAAAAAAACCCAGAAACAAAAAAGCAGUCAAAUGGAAGGGCAUUAGUGAAUGAAGGAGGUCAUAAGCAACAUAUGAAAAAUAAAUCUUUUAUGUUUGAAACAAGAGCAUAUUCUCGUAUAGAAAAAAAAAUAUUCAAAGAAUUAGAUUACUUAGAUUUUCUUCAAAACAACAGAACUAUUACUAAUAAGUUUUUCAGAAAAAUAAUAUUUAAAAAAAAAAAAGUACGAAUUUGUUUACCUUUAUUCUUAUUCUUGUUUUUAUUAAUCUCAAUAAUAUUAGAUUUUUCUUGUGGUUAUGGAAUUAUUGGGGGAUUGCUAAAAGUACUGAAAAACACACAUGGAGCUAAAUGGUCAAGUCCCUUACGUGCUUUCUUGGGGAAACUCAAUUUAGACUUUUUGUGGCAUACAGCUAAGAUUCCUGUGAAUGGUGCAUCAACAUCUCCUAGAAAUUGGACUUUUAUAACUAAACCUUUUCUAAUUUAUAUAAUUUAUUGUAUACCUCUCCUAGUACUGGGUAUCACCAUUAUAUUAGGAAUUUUUUACUACCAUAAAAAGGUAAAAAAAUAUCAAGAAAUUAAGUUCAGGAAAAGGUAA